AUGGUUAACAGCUUAUGGUUCAAAUGGAAGAAGCUUCGCCUGCCCUGGCGCAAGUCCUUCUUGGUCGGUGAGGAUCUCGCCGGCAAUACCUUCUGGGAGUUCAAAGAUGUGUUGAACGCAGCUCGCUUCCGACGCAUUGUUCGAUUUGAUCCCAAAACACAUCUCAGUGAUGUUCAGGUAACACGUGAGUUCCGUUGCAGCGCAAUGGCACCAAUGGCUGCGACAUGUCCGGGAACACCCCCGAGCAUUCAGGAGCAGCAGCAGGAUCUUGUCCGCCAGGCGCAAAUCAAACAACUCGCUCGACUCGCCGAUGAACGCUGGGCCAGCAAGGCCUCCUUCCUCGAUAAGCCCAAGACUCAACAAUCACCACCAACGACCCAAAUAAAUGAGGCGACUUUAAAUACCCCUGCAAACGCUGCUCCCACACAACAAACACCGGUUUCAACUACAUCCCCCGAAACAGCCCCCGCAGCACCGAAGACACAAAAGGUGGAGAACCCAUGGACCAAGGCGAAAAAGGCCAAUCCAGGCGAGGAGUGGCAACCUGAGGCGUGGUCUCCUAGUUCCAAGCGAUGA